AGCAAAUGGCUCACUCGAAAAUAAAAGGCAUUGCUUUUGGACCGAGAUUUCCAAUUGUGCCUACCCUAUAGAUACAGAUGGCUGGAAAUAGUGGCAAGGGUAAGGCUGAGCCUGGAGACCUGUUAGAAAGAGACGAUGGUUUUGCCAAACACUGGGGCGUGUGUACAGAUAAAGGAGUGGUCCACCUUACUCCAGAGAAUGAUGCUUCAAAAUCAAAAAUCAUGACAGAACAAACGGUGCGUGGCACAGUCAGUGAAGUUGGCUUUGAAAAUUUUGCUAAUGGGCGCUCGGUGACGGUACACAAGACCACAACCCCGCCAUCUGAAACUAUUGAACGAGCUCGAGCAAAGAUUGGAGCUCAUGACUACAACCUGACCAAAUACAACUGUGAACACUUUGCCAAGGAGGCUGCUGGGAUGUGCCAAUCUGGUCAAGUGGAAAGAGUUGAACGUGUUGUGAAGAACGUCCUUGACUAUACAAAUCAGGAGCAGAAUUUCAGCGGCUAGAGUCUCAGAGGCCAAGCGAUGAGAGUUGCAAACCAAACCCAGGUGUACUCCACAACUUUUCAAAGACAUCGUAAGGAAUGGUGUAAAGGGCUUUUCAUUUCUCCCUAAUGCAUGAGGCAAUACACUGCGAUCAACUCCUCUGUAAUGCUUGCUUUAGCCAAGUCUGGGCUUCUAUGUUCUUUCAAGUUGCAAUAAAUGAACCUUAUACUGAAAA